AUGGAGAAUAUCAAUAAACGUCUCUCUCAUAAUAGUGAAAUUGGCAUCGCGUUAACGCGUGACAGGCGCUUAAAUGCUGGAACUCGAAUGUCUAAACUGCUUGAAGCAGAAGAUGAAGACGACUUUUAUAAAACGACCUAUGGCGGCUUUAUUGAGGAGGCAGAUGAUGAAGAUUAUAAAUCAGAAUACUCAAAUUCAGAUGCAACUGAUUCCGAUAUUGACAUAAAUGAAGAUGACGACACGAUAAGUGAUGAUGAUAUAGAAAAAAAAGAAAAAAAAACGUUUUCCUCUGUCUACAAAGAAGCAAUUAAAAAAUUUGGAUUAACUAUCAACACAAAAACAAAGGUGAUGGCAUUAAAUCAUCAGAAAAAAACCCAAAUGAAAUUAAAUUCAGAUGUACUGGAGAAACAACAACAUCAAACAAAACUUGGUGAAGAGAAAAAAAAAUCGAUAAGGAAGUCAACAGCAGAAAAAUCGAAAUGUACAGAAGGUAUUUUGAAAGAAAGGAAAGCCAAAGCAGCACUUAAUAAGCUUUCAGGUGACAAAAGAAAAAUUACAGAAAUGAGAAGAUUAACUCAAGAAGAACUGCUUGCUGAAGCCAAAAUCACAGAAGAAAUAAACUUGGCUUCCUUGGAAACAUACCAAAAGAUGGAAUUAGAAAAAAAAAAGCUUAGAACUCAUCGUAACAAUUGUAUGGGGUCAGCUAUAAAAUUUCAUUCCGUGGCUUUACCUGACAAUAACAAUUUACCUUCCGAUGUAAAUGCAAUGCUCAGUCUCAUAAGAGAUUCUAAAGAGUUACCACCUCCCAAGAAGUGCUCAAGGAAUUUUGUUACAUUUACCGACGAGAAAAUACUUAAUAAUUUUUUUCCGGUCAAGAAUAAUCCAAAAAUACCAGAAAAACAAGUCUGUGUUGUCACUGGCUCAUCCGCUAAAUAUUUGGACCCACUGACGUCAUUGCCUUAUGCCAACAAAGAAGCAUUCAAGAUAAUUAGAGAAGCGUAUAAACAAAAAAUUUUACUAGAUAAAGUUGAAAAUGAGAAAAGACGUGUUAAAUUUUAA